CGAAACCUACCGACCCUUUCUGCACAUUCCGAUCCAAAUCAAAUCACUGUCUGUUGAUCUCGAUCGUCGCUAUGCAUAAGAGCACUUCCUCUUCCUACCUCGGCCCCGGCGGCCUCGAUCUCUCGAAAGCCUUCUUCAUCCCGAUCUCCGGCGGAUCGCCGCCGUCUCCGACCAAGCGCCACACCAAAAUAACCGUCGUCGGCGUCGGAAACGUCGGAAUGGCAAUCGCGCAGACUAUUCUGACUCAGGACCUCGCCGACGAGCUCACUCUCAUCGACGCUAAAGAGGACAAGCUCCGGGGCGAGAUGCUCGAUCUCCAGCACGCCGCCGCCUUCCUCCCCCGCACGAAGAUCCAGGCGUCUCUCGACUACGCCGCAACCGCAAACUCCGAUCUCUGCAUCGUGACCGCCGGCGCCAGGCAGAAUCCCGGCGAGAGCAGGCUGAAUCUAUUGCAGAGGAACGUGGCUCUCUUCAGGCAUAUCGUUCCGCCGUUGGCCAAAUACUCGCCGGAUAGCAUAAUACUGGUGGUUUCGAAUCCAGUGGAUGUAUUGACCUAUGUGGCGUGGAAGCUAUCCGGAUUCCCGCCGAACCGGGUAAUCGGGUCGGGCACGAAUCUGGACUCGUCCAGAUUCCGGUUCCUGAUUGCGGAUCAUCUGGACGUCAAUGCACAGGACGUGCAGGCAUACAUUGUUGGGGAGCACGGGGACAGUUCGGUGGCGCUGUGGUCGAGCAUCAGUGUGGGGGGUGUUCCUGUGCUGAGCUUUUUAGAGAGGCAGCAGAUCGCGUUCGAGAAGGAGACAUUGGAGAAGAUACACAAAGAAGUGGUGCAUAGUGCGUAUGAAGUGAUACAGCUGAAAGGGUACACGUCGUGGGCUAUUGGGUACUCUGUGGCGAGCUUAGCCCGGACAGUGCUGAGGGAUCAGAGGAGGAUUCAUCCAGUCUCCAUUCUUGCAAAGGGAUUGCACGAGAUUGAUGGGGGAGAGGUGUUCUUGAGCCUGCCAGCUCAGCUGGGGAGGAGUGGAGUGCUGGGAGUGACGAAUGUGCAUCUCACUGACGAGGAAACUCAGCAGCUGAGGGACUCUGCUAAGACCAUUUUGGAGGUGCAGAACCAGUUGGGCCUCUAAUGGUGUCAAGGCAUUUGUUGAAGCUUGUUGUUGUUUGUUGUUGUUUUGAGAUCAACUGUUCGGAUUUCAUCUUUGUCGAAUAUUAGUGGUAACAAAAUUAAUAAAACAUUUUUAAAUAGAAUUAA